AUUUAUUGUUUAAUAGAGAAGGAGAGUUAAAAAAAUAUCUGUGAGACUUUUUGAAGUGACAUUAGAAUUUGUUUUAUGAAAAAAGGGGGACAAAAAGUAGUGCUAUAAUCUUUUAAGAAUAAAUAUCUCUGGAAGAGAUAUAAAAUCGUGACACGAGUAAAUAUUGCUUCUUUAAAUUAAAGAUUACGUCGGCAAAAAUGAAUCACGUGGAGAUCGAGGAUUUCUAUCAUCACGAUUUCACUACUGUUUCCGAAUGGGAGGUGUUUAUCGCGCGACUCGAAGAGAUCAUGCAUGAAUGGAAACUGUCCCAUGCAAAAAUCGCAAGUCCCCUCAAAUCAGGGGACUUUCUCAACUGUGAAUGGCAUGAAACUUCGGAGAAAAUAAAUUUUGCAGAUGUUGAAUUUUUGCUGAAACAUUACAAGUUAAAGAAGGAAGAUGAAGAAGAGGAUGUGACAAAUCCUCAAGAGGAAAGUGAUGAAGAUUGGAUACAGUGUCAAAAAGAUGCAUUGGAUGUAUCCAAUGAUUUUGUGAGACUGAAUGAUAAUUGCAUGGAAAUAGCUCGUUAUUAUGGUGUUCGAGAAUUCCUUGUUCUAAUACCAGUUCGAAAAACAAGUUUGACAGACGAGACGCGGAUAAAAAUUCUACUCAGUUCAUUGACAAUUGCGACUAACAAUGCGAAUUGUUAUAUUCCCGCGUUGGUGCAGGUGCAGGAACCUUGGCAGAAGAUGUACCUCGGAUGUUGUGCUGGUAAAGGAACUUGCGUGAAUCUCGAUAUGGUCCAUUUGAGAAAGGUUCCGCCACAUUGUAAAUACCUCACUGGUUUACUUGCUCUCUUUAAGCAGAAGAUAGGAGAGGGUUGCGGAGUAAAGCUUGAUUCCAUAAUGGUAUCAGUUAGAUUCUCCUACUUGUUGAAGGAUUGGACUAAUAGUACAUGGACGCAGGAACCUCCAGAUUUCGAUUUUAUGCAAGGGGAAACAUUAGGCGUAGCUGAAUUGGGCAAACUUCCCUUUGGAGCGACCUUCGAUCCUGUCGGAGAACUUCAUCUGUUCACUACAUGGCCGCAAAUGUCGGAUAAUGUGGUUGUGGAUAGCGAAGGAUAUUCGGAUCUCGAGCCGCAACUCGCUCCCGAGUGGUCGGUACAAGUGAAAAUGGUAACUUUACCUGCUUGUUUGCUUGGCGAGUAUAUGACUGACUUUCUGCAUCUGUGCAACAAUCAAAAAACUAUGGUGGAAUUGUUGGGCGAGAAUGCAUCUUAUAUCUACGAUGAUCAGAUGUUGAGCUCAGCCCUCAACAUACUUACCGAAUCUAGAAUACCCACGAUUUCGACGGUCGUAGGCAAGACAAGUAUGAAGAAAAAUAAGAAUGUCGAAGGUCCCAUCUCGGAGGAGAUAUUGUUACCUAUACUUUACUUCCUCUUUCCAGACGCAGACGAUGUCUCGAAGUUUCCCUAUAAUGACAUCACAUGUAAUGUGGAGGACGAUCAGUGGAAGGGCGUAAAGACCUGCACAAUGGACAGCUUGGUGUGGCGUUUGUCGGUAGUCGCAGCGCAUUGCACACACAAUCUCGGCGGUGCGACAGCCCUGGCUCAGCUCUGGCAUGAGUUCGUGCAGGAAAUCAGAUUCCGCUGGGAGAGAAGUAUCCUGAUUCCGGGAGUCGGGCCUGGCUUUCCAGAUUCCGUUCGCACAUGCUUAUUGCAUCAAAAGUUGCAGAUGAUGAAUUGCUGCAUAACAAGGAAGAAAGCGAGAGAGGAGAAUGCACAUAGAUCUCUAAGUAUGGAGGUUGACGAUGUAGAGGAAACAGAGUCCGAAGAAGAGGAAUUCUUCGAAUGUUCGAGUGAAGAACCGGCGAACGAAGAGACUUCGUCCAGGAUGCAACUGAAGGCGAAGCACUUGCUGUGGAAUAAGCCUGCGGGAAGACUGGCUAAACAUCCAUCACUCAGGCUGAUUCAAACUGGAGAUCUUCUUUAUCUACCAAUCACGCAGGAUCCCGUACCAAAAACGGAAGAUCAGCUAGAGGAAGACGCGCAGGUGAUGAUGCAACUUGGUACCGACAAAUACGCUUCCGAAAUGCGAGCUCGAAUGAUGAGUGCAUCCUUGUUAUCCGAUAUGGAAUCCUUCAAGGCCGCAAAUCCUGGCGCAAUAUUAGAAGACUUCAUUCGAUGGUAUUCUCCAAGAGACUGGAUUGAUGACGAAGGCCUUGACGAAUGGGGACAGGGAAAAGGCCACUUGUCGCCGCGUAUGAUGAUCCCCGAUAAUCCGUGGUCGACAACGUGGACAUCGGCGCAGCCGGUUCCCGCACACCGGCAGAAGCGAUUAUUUGACGACACGCGAGAAGCAGAGAAGGCUCUACAUUACCUGUGCUCGAAGCGAAUAGGCCAAGUCGCGCAGCUUCUACUGCCGUCUCUAACGCACGCCGCACUCCAUACUCUGAGCUCGCAAAAACAGGAGGCUCUACCAAGUUUGCCUGAUGUAGCACAGAGCAUACUCAAUAAACUGCAAUUUGCGACGAAACCGAUCCAUCAGAAGUUACAGUUGUACGAAGAAAUUACGCGCGAUGUUGAAAGCGUGGAGGCGUUAGUCGCACAGGUGAAUUCGCUGCAGCAUAAAUUAGGUGGUAAAGACUCCAAGGAAUUUACAUCCUUCUUGAUUCAAUUGAUGCGAGGAAAGGAAGUGAGUGUGCCCGGUGGUUCCAGGGGAGACAUUGGAACACGAAUAAUAACGAUGUUCCACGACGCCCAAAAGCUUUAUUUCAGGCCGCUCACAUGAUGACGUCCGUCAACAGCAACAAUGAUGCAGCUAGUGCCGCGGGAGAUGGUCGAUAUAAGACGUUUCCUGAACCGUCGUGUAAGGAGUUUAUUUUACGGGCGAUAAUGCCACGGCCUUCACCAGCCUCCACUCCGCAACCGCAGCGGC